AAAACCCUUCAAUUCAAAUCUUUACAAUUUUCUCUCAGAUCUAUACCUUUGCUAUAAUCCAUUGUUGUCAAUUGUCAUCCUUUGCCGGUUUAACCAAACAAGCUGCAUUGUAUUUUAUCCGAAAAAGGGAUUUUGGUUUUGCAGGAAAGGAUGAAAGUCAAGAUUUUACACGGCAUGCUGUUGCUUCUUGGACUUGGGAUGCCCAGGAUGAAACAUGUGGGAUUUGUAGGAUGGUCUUUGAUGGCUAUUGUCCUGAUUGUAAGCUCCCUUGGGAUGAUUGCCCACUAAUUUGGGGUGCAUGCAACCAUGCAUUCCAUCUCCAUUGCAUCCUAAAAUGGGCGAAUUCACAGAGCUCUCAAGCACAUUGCCCCAUGUGCCGUAGGGAAUGGCAGUUCAAAGAAUAAGAGAGAUUCAAUGAGACAUAUUUAGAAAUCUUGAAAAUCUAUUCUGUAUUAUUAUACUGUUAUGAGAAACGAGAAGCUUCUUUCUUGAAAAUCUACUUUAGAAAUCUUUGAAAACCUUAAAUACACACCAAAUGAUUGUUUGAUAAUCACAAUAGUUAAAUUAUUAGUACAAAAUAUGUCCUGUUCUUCUUUUAGAGGGGUGGGUGGAUGUUGGUAAUUGGUAAAGCUCGUUUGUUUCUCAAAUUGGUGAAACUACCGUUUUGGCUGCUUGUGACCUUUUGUUUUUGUCAUUGUUGAUUGAAGAUUGAUGAUGUUGAUAUCUUACUACUGCCCAAUGUGGAAAGGAUUCUACUUCCAC